AUGAAUUUAAAUUAUUUUGUGGUAAUUCCGAACAAAUCCACUUCAGUGAAAUUGAAAGCCAGGAAUCUGCCAGAGCUGCAUCUGGAUGCUGUGAAGCUGGAUCAGGAGAGCAAAAUCAUCGAGAACCGACUGCAGCAGCUGCGAGAGAACAUGAGCCGUGAGAAGGAGGAGAGAGAGAAGUCAGGUGGGUUUCGGUGGAAGUCAGUGCUGGCAGCGUCCCAUGGGCCGACCAAGAUCAAGGAGAACGGCCUUCAAAAGCGUUCUGCAGGAAAGGUGAAGAUGAGAGUCCUUAAAGACGCACCAGAGGACGCGAGCAGAUCCCUGGGGAAAGUGCCACGCCCGCCACCAAAGGAGCCGGCCCCCAGCACGAAGCCCAGGCUGAAGGGGAAGCCCUGCGGUCAGUGUGAGGCCAGGACAGCCAGGCUGAUGUGCCCAGAAUGUGGAGAGAACUACUGUGUUGGCUGCUUUGCCAGAUUCCACCAGAAGGGGGCACUAAAGAAUCACAGAAUGAUACCCAUCCAGAUGGAGAUUCAGACAUCCAUCAACACAUUGGAUCUUGUGAGCCGGUUUAGGAAACAAAUCGAUCCUGAGGGAUCAGCUGUGGGCACCAAGCGGAAGGACCCCACACACAGCCAGGAGGCACAAAAGAGCAAUCCUCCACCUGUGAUCCUUCCAGAUGCUCAGCUUUUAGGUUUUGAUGAUGAGGAAACAGACGAAGAGAAAGAAGAGGAGGAAGAGGAUGAGUCUGAACCGGAUGAGAGAGCCCACAGUCCGGCCCUUCUGCGUGGGGUGUUUGAUGAGGAGGAGUCAAAAAGAUCCUUCCAGGAUGCACUGAGGGAGUGGAGAAGGAAGAGAGGGGCUGCACAAUCACAGCCGGAGCAGGAGCAGGAGCAGGAGCAGGAGCCAAAGCCAGAGCUGGAUCUGGUGCCGGAACUGAAGCCACAGCAGGAGCAGAAGCAGGAGCUGGAACUGAAGGAGGAUCCAGAGCCUGAUUUUGAACUAGAGCAGGCUGGGAGGCCGAUAAAAGCACCGACAGCACCCACUGAGGUUUUCGGGACACAGGCUGACUACCAGGCAACACAACAGCCAAUCACGGUUGAGUUCAAGGAACACGGCCUGAGUUAUAUGGAAAAGCUCAUGCUCAAGAAACACAGAAGAACGCCGAUUGAAGAGUAUCGACUGCCGUCGUUUGCUGGCUCCUAUCAGGAAUUGCAGAUGGAUACCAGCAGGUUGACAGAUGAGGAAGGCCCAGGCCUGACAGCUGAGGAGAUGGAGAUGCGAAGGUACUGCGCCUCGCUCUUUGCCGCCACCACCACCCCUGCCAACAGCAGCGAUCAGCAUGACCACAUGACUCAAUCGUGUCUCAGCAUUGUGGAGUUAGAUGAGAGGUAA